CUGUACCGUGUCUGCAGUCUCUGGUCAUCUCCUGUACUAUGUCCGCAGUCUCUGGUCAUCUCCCGUACUGUGUCCGCAGUCUCUGGUCAUCUCCUGUACUGUGUCCGCAGUCUCUGGUCAUCUCCUGUACUAUGUCUGCAGUCUCUGGUCAUCUCCUGUAGUAUGUCCGCAGUCUCUGGUCAUCUCCUGUACUGUGUCCGCAAUCUCUGGUCAUCUCCUGUAUAUGUCCGCAAUCUCUGGUCAUCUCCUGUACUAUGUCCGCAGUCUCUGGUCAUCUCCUGUACUAUGUCCGCAGUCUCUGGUCAUCUCCUGUACUGUGUCCGCAGUCUCUGGUCAUCUCCUGUAGUAUGUCCAUAGUCGCUGGUCAUCUCCUGUAUUAUGUCUGCAGUCCAUUGGUUCAGAAUAUUUUUUUUUCUUGUUUUCCUCUUUUCCUCCUCU